AUGGUGCCAGUAGGGAGGUGUUGGGAAAAGGCUAUCUGUAAAAAGAGAGGACAAGGCUUGCAGCAGUUUUCCCCUGGAACUAGGUUGGAAGAGAAAUUGGCAACAGGGAUUGAGGGAAAACUAAGAAGUAGCUCCUCAGCAAAAUUGGAGCUGUUGGGGCCCCAAGAGGGUUUAGGAAGCCCAGGGAAAAAGAGCAGACAUUCCUUAAUGGAAUUGAAGCUACAAAUUCCAUACACCCAGGAAGAACUGGUGAGCCCAGAGGGGAGUGACAGAUGCACCUUGUCAGAACCAGUAGCGCUGGAGCCUGGGAAGGAUGCAGGGAGCCUGAUGGCACUGGACGUGCAAAUCCCAGACUCUGAGAAGGAAGCAGUGAGCCUGAGUGAGAGGAGCCAGUGCACCUUGGUAGAACUGGGGCUUCAGGAGGAAGUGAGGAGACAGGGAAAAGGGAGCCAGUGCUCAUUUUCAGAACCAAGAGUGCUGAGGAACAAGGAGGGAGAAAAGAGCCCAGUGAAAAGGGUCAAAUGUUUGUUGGCAGGGACAGAGUCUUGGGUAAAAGCAGGAAGCCUGGGGAAGAGAGGCAGGCACCCCUUAUCUGUCCUGGGACCCCAGGAGAAAGUAGAGAGCCCAGGGAAGAGGGACAGAUGUUUUUUAACAGAGGUCAGGAUGUCAGAGCCUAUAGAUAAAAAAAGGAAUCUGGGAAAAAAGGGUGGGCAAUCUUUGGUGGAAGUAAAACUAAAGAGCCCAGGGAAGAGGGGCAGACACUCAUUGGCAGUGGUGCAGCCGCAGAGACUAAGCCUCCGAGAAGAACCAGUAAUCCCAGGAAAGCGGUUCAGGCGUUCCUUGCAAUUACAAAACUCAGGCACCCAGGAGGAAGUGGGAAGCCUGGGGAAGAGGAGGGCAAAGAAAAAAAUAAUAGAAGUUAAGGAAGACUCAGAUGCACAGGAUGGAAAGCAGCUGGAGACUGAUCUAAAUAUAUCAAAAGAUUAUAACAUAAAGAAACCACUAGUAGCUUACUCUGAAUCUCUCCAGGAAGCUAAGUCAGAUGGAACUCGGAGCAAGGCACCAGUAUGUCCGGGUUUAAAAAGGGGAUCUGCAGUACAGGGUAACAGGAGAAGAAAUAGAAUCACCAAGAUCAGAUGUUUACAGAAUUUGGAUGUAAAAGUAACAGAAAAUAAAGUGACAAAGAGCAGACUGGUAAAGUCUAAGGAUGAAAAAUGCAGAGAAAUCCCUAAUUAUCAUAAUAACUUGCCAUCCACAGUAGAAAGGAAUCCAGUUGUAAAAUUAUAUGACUGUCGUUACCUUAAUACAUUUGUAAAGUCUUCAGUUGAUGCAACCAACUGCAGUUACAAAAUUGGUGGUGGAUUCUUGCAUGUAGCACAGGGUAAGAGAGAGACUUCUUGUCCUGACAGUGUUAUGGGACAGAGUGAUAUGAAUAGCAAGCUUACUGUAAUGCAGAUGUCCACACAGAAAAGUAUACCAUUUGACAAAGAAGGAAUAUGCCAAAAUAGAAAAAAUUGUCAAAAUGAAAACAGUAAGUGCUUGAGGGAAAGAAAGUGGAAUAUUGAUAGAAAGCCUAGGAAAAGGAUGAAACUUUUUGAAAAAUCAUCAGUCCAGAAUGUUCUCCCAGUUAUGGACAACAAAUACUGUGAAUAUGAGUUACAUACGGAAGAUAAAACUGCCACAACAGACUCUUUAGCAAUUUUAGAGUUAAAUAGCAAUGACACUACUUCCUCAUCUUCAUUUGAUCAAAAAUCAGAUCCCCAUCUAGAACCAAAUAUUCAAGAAGCACAAAAUGGUUGUACUGCCUCAUUUAAUAGAAAAAUGCACUUGAAACCCUGUGCAACAGAAGGUAGUUUUGAGAAGAGACUUGAGUUAUCUGAAAUUGCAAAAGGAGACAAGAGUAGUUUUGAUUCAGAAAGUAUAGAACAACAAGACCGCUCAAAUACCUUAAAUAGUCCAGAAGUGGUCACUUUGGUCAGUGACAUAAUUUCUGAUUACUGCAAUGAUGCCAGUUGCCAAAAGAAAGAGAGGAUAGUGUCAAAUGAAAAAUUUAAAAGUAAUGUUAAGAAAUUACAUCUAUAUAGCUGUCAAAGAAUAGUACCAAUGUCUGGUAAAAAUGUUUGGCCUCGUGAAUCAUGUGCUAGAACUUCUGAAUGGUUUCAUAAAAAUCACGUGUCUGUCCUGGAAGGAAAAACUUCAACUUCUGGUUCUCAGGAAUGUUCAUAUGAAAACAAUACCGAAGCUGUAAGAGAGAUGGUUUUAACUGAUAACUCCAGACAAUUAGAUCUAAGUAUGUUAGAGGCAGAAAGUGUCAAAGAAUCUGUGUGUAAAAUAACAAUGGAUUCUAACAUUGAAUGUCUGACUUCUGUUAGAACACCAGAGUCGUCAUUAUUGGAUAUUUGUGGGACUUUGAGAGUCACCUGUAAUGAAAAUCUAGAGUCGUCAGUGGAUAGUAGUCCCAUAGCUUCUAAGUCUGAAGCUGUCCAUGAAGCUCAGGUGAUCUUAAAUUUGGCAGUAAAACAAAAACAAGAUGAUAAAAACAAAGGAGCUUUAACAAAGAAAAAUCGGAUGAUGGCUCUCCAGGAUGGUAUAUCUGAAGAUGACAAAACAAGUAAAAUGAUUGUUAAUCAUAAGACAUCAAUGAUGAAAAAAACAGUUACAAUUCCAAACUUAAUGAAAAUGUUAAACCCGGGAAAUCUAUCAAAUUUCAAAAUUCCUUUACGCAAAAAUAAAACUGAAUCCAGGAGUGUGGACUAUAUUAGAUCAUUAGAUAAAGAAACGUACAGUCCACUGGAAUGCCUUCACAGAUCUGCUGCUACUUCAGCAAGGCAGAACAGAGCCGAGGAGAAUUCCUCUGUGGUAGUCUCUAAGCAGCAACCUAUCUCUGAAGAGGCAGAUAUCUCUGUAAUCCCCUUAAAGGAAAAUGCUGACCGAAUGAUCAGUAAGGACUUUGGCAGUGGUGGUUCUGAAAAUCUUUCAAAUGAAAUAAAUAUACUUUCUGAACGUGUUUCUACAUAUCAGUGUGCUUCUCUUGAGAGAGAAUUGGAGUCAUCUGCUCUUGAGGAUGUUAUUGACUCUUCUGUUACUGCAUCACCAAGUCGCACACUAGAUUAUUCCAGUAAAACGGUUGACUGUUCUAUUUCAUUAGAAAUGCAUGAUGAUGAUGAUAAAAAGAAAUCAAAAAUGGAUCUUGCACAGAGUAAGAUUAAAAACUUUCCAGAUGUUCUUAAGGCUUAUGAAGAUGAUAUUCUUGUGAUUGAUGUAAUUCAAGAUGACCCUGACCUUUUUGGAACCACUGAUGAAGGGGAGCUUGCAUUGACAAUGAACCAUGUGACUGAAAAGCACUGUAAUAUCAGUACUACCUCGGAGGAAAAACAGGAUGUCAAGCCAAAAUGCCUUGUCCUUCCAGAAACUAAGGAUACAAGGAAUUACUUUAGAGAGAGUCCCAUUCAAGAAUCUGGAACAUUGAAAUCUAUCACAGAUUCAUAUGAUGCACUGCUGAUGGCUAAUAAGAUUCAAAAACAUGAUUCCUCAAGUGGAAGCUGUCCUUUGGGAGGUGUAAUUGAGGAGUCUUUCGAGGAUGGGCAGCUGGUUGAAUCAGAUGAACUCUUAAAGGAUUCUCAUAUGGAUGAGAAGUACAGCUUUUCAGGCAAGUUGGCCGCUAUAAAAGAAGAAAAAGUAAAUAUUCAUGAAGCUGAAAAAAGCAAUGAUUCUAAAUAUAUAGAAUUUGUGAGCAGUGAACUUCAGUUAGGAUUGCAACUGCCAUCCCUCCAAAUAAAUGCCUUCCAGGAAGACACAGUACUGAAACCCUGGAUCAAUGAUUUCAGAUACUCAGGAAAAAGCUCUCUUUUGCCGUUGCCAAAUUCUGACUGUUAUGAACCAUGGAAAAUGGACAAAAAUGUGAUGGUUUCCCAUCUGAUCCAGCAGAACCUUGGGAUGAUUGAGUUGCCCCGUAAAUAUUGCAGAUUUUAUUUCAGUACAUUGCGUGGCUGUGAAAGAGUGGAAUGUUGGUUUUGGCAUGUUCCUGAACAAGGAGAUGAAAAGAUUUGCAUGGCAAUACUUAAGACGUAUAUAAAUAUCAAUGAAUCAAGUUUGCUACAACGUUCAGUCCAGAUAUUUAUGAAUUACUACAGAGAAGUUACUCCUGGUGUGCAUUUUGAUUCACAAGUGCUGAAUGAUCUUCUCAUUUCUUUGAUCAAGUGUUGUUUGUUGAAAGAAGUAUUUCAGUUGUUAAAUGUUGCUGUAAUGAUUAAAAUGCUGCCAGCUAUUGAUGUAUUCCUGAAGGUGUUUGAGCAUGUGGCUUCCAUGAAUAUAAGAGAUGCUGUGGCUUCAUUAAUAGAUAUCUUUUGUAAGCUUUUUGAUGCUGGAAUGAUUUUUGAGCUUGAACAUUUUAACUGUAUUAUUAAGUUCCUUCACCAACUGCAAGUUUCCAGUCAAGAAAUUAAUGUUAUUUUGAGCAUGAAAUCAAGAUUUCAGGCAAAACAAUUUAAAAAGAACUGGCUUCGUGACUUAAAUUUGGCAAUAGCUGAAAUUCAGCACUGUAAAGAAAAAAGUGACUGGGCCAAAUUGGGAACUUUGUAUGUUAAUAUGAGAAUAGGAUGUGAAAAUUUUGGUGACCUUCAGAAAUUGACUUUAUAUAUUGCUGACAUACUAACAAGAGACUCCAAGGAAGAGAGACCAGGAGUUCCUUUUUGUGAAUUUGCUGAAGCAGUUAUCAAAAAUCCACAACAUAAUGAAGCUGACAGAGAUUUCCUGGGAAGAUUUGGGAUCAGUGUAAUGUAUUCUUACCACACAGUACAGCAAUGGUCAAAGGGAAGGAAGGUUUUGGAUAAACUACAUGAACUACAGAUUCAUUUCACAAGCUUGAAAGGAAUUAUUGGUCCAGAAAGGUUAGCCUCAAGAUGCCAAAUUGUUAAUGCUGCUGCAGAAAUCUUCCUUAAAAGUGGAAGUCUGGAUGGAGCAACAUGGGUAUUGAGAGAGUCAGAAUGGAUAAUAAAUACACCAUUGUGGCCCUGUGAUAAAAUGGAUGUCCUCAAUCGACACAACCUGCUGUGUGCAAUUGCAUGUGAAUACUUGACCAAGAAUCUAUAUAGACAAGCAUUUGAAAUUUUGCAGAAUCUACCAGGUUUCCAAUAUUGCUGUGACACUCUAGAUGUCUCCCAGUACAGUCUUCUUUUUAACAAACUUCUAGAUGCCUGUAUUGAGAGCAAGGGCCUUGGUAUUUCUUCUUGUGUAACAGACUUUAUGCUGUCAAAGAACAUCCCCAUUGAUUUUACUUUAAUUAGAGGAUUAAUUACAGCAUUGGGAAGGAGCUGUUUGUGGCUUAAAGCCAGGAUCUAUUACAAAAGUGCUUUAUCAAUGGGUUGCUACCCACUGCUAGAGGGAAAUUUAUACCGCAAACUUUUACUGAUUCCUUCUUACAUGUCUGAGAUUGAGAUGUUGUUGGCCAUUGAAAUAUUCCUAGUUUCAAAUGCUAGUAAUAUUCAGAGUCCGUGUGCCACCAAUCAGACGCUUCAGGUAGUACUGAAAAGAUCUGAAGAACAAAAAGUGCGGAGUAAAGAUGACUAUCAAGCAGCAGUUGAGAGACUGAUUCACGCUGCUCGUAUAUCUAAUCCAAAGCUUUUUCUUAAGCACAUGACAAUGAAUGUUAAUAUGGAACAGGUGUACAGUUUGGAACAUAAUUCUGCUCUGAAAUGGCUGAAAGAGAAUAUGAAAUGGGCUGGAAAGGUCUGGCUUUUCAGUAGUCGUUAG